UUUGGCUCUCGUAACGUCCAGCGGCGUUCCAUGAAGAAGCUGAACUGGGACACCAUCCCCAGCCAGCGUGUUCUGGGAAAAUUGAAUGUCUGGACGUCUAAACGGCCUCAGAGGGAUCUCAUGCUGGAUAUCCCGAGCAUGGAGGAGUUGUUCAGCCAUGUAGACAAACGGGCUUCGCUGCCCAACUCAAGGGUCAUGGGUCUGAAGACCUUUGAAGGCAUGGACUUCUUUCCACAGGAGCCUCAGGUGACAAUCCUUGACUCUAAAAAGAGUAUGAAUAUCGGGAUCUUCCUGAGACAUUUCAAGAAGCCAGUGACAGAAAUGGUGCAGGAUAUUUGUCAAGGCAACUGGCUGAGAUUUGGGACGGGAAAACUAAAAGAGCUUUGUAAACUACUGCCAGAAGAAAGUGAGGUGAAGCAGCUGCUGUCAUUCAGUGGGAACAUGUCCGUGUUACCUGAGGCGGACCAGUUCAUGGUGCAGCUGGUCAAAGUCUCGGGCUAUGAGGAACGCUUAAAAACCAUGGUGCUGAGGGAGGAGUUCUUUCCUCUUAUGGAGGACGUGAAGAAUUCUGUUGCUGUCAUGACCAAAGCGGCUAAUGAGCUGUUGGACUGUGAUGACCUACACUCAGUCAUUCGACUGGUAUUAAAAGCUGGGAAUUACAUGAACGCUGGUGGUUACAGUGCCAGUGCCAAUGCCAUUGGCUUCAGGAUGACCUCUCUGCUCAAGCUGGCAGACACCAAGGCCAACAAGCCUGGCAUGAACCUCAUGCACUAUGUUGCCAAGCAAAUAGAGGACAUUGAUGCUGAGUUACUGAUGUUUCCCACCCAACUUGAACACAUUGGGAUGGGAUCAAGAAUUUGUAAAGAGGAGGUCAUCGCAGACUUUGAGAGGGAAUUCAAGAAAGUCAAGGAAGUGAAAUUGUACAGCAGUAGAAAGCCUGGCCUCUUACAACAAAUGGAGACAUUUUUCGUGAGGGCUGAGGCCAAGCUGGCCGAUUUGGGAACCUCUCUUCAGGAGCUGAAGGCUCUGAGCGAUGCUGUCGCUGAGUACUUCUGUGAAGACCCGGCUACCUUCAAACUGGAGGAGUGCUGCUCAAUCUUUCACUCGUUUUGCAAGCGCUUUGACACGGCUGUACAGGAGAACCGAGAUCGAGAGGCAGCAGAGCAGAGGCACAAGCGGAAGGAGAGUGUACGAAUUGCAGCCAAACGCCGCUCCACAGUGUCUUGCCUGGGACUUGAGCGGGAGCGGGCCUCCGUAUGCUUGGAGUCGGCCUUACACAGCUUUCUCUCUACCGUUCCAGAGGGAUUAGUCAGGUGCAGGAAGAACACACUGCCCACAAUCGAAGGAUCCCCCUCUGAGUGCAGCUCGCGGAGUGUUGCAUCAGAAGCACAAUUUGAGACACCUGAGAAAAAGCAACCCAUAUUGCAGAAAGAGGACAUGGCUGAACUAGGUAACAAAGAAGAAGCUCAAAAGAUGCGUGACAUAACUAGGAAGGUGCUUCGCUACCAAAACAGCAAAAGCAGCCUCGAUGGAGACAGAGUUUCAGGCAUUCCUUGUGAGUCAGAGAGAGCACAAGACACACCACCUACCCCGAGUACCCCUCAGCCUAGAACCAGAGACUUCUUCUUUUCCAACAAUGAGGGUGUGGGCUCCCCAUGGACUAUCCUGAGUCCUUUUACUUGCACCCAAAGAAAUGCAUCCCACCGAGACAGACAAUCACACCAACGCAGGCUAUCCUCAACUCCAGGUGAAGAUGACCUUGAUGAUGGAGUCUGGGAGAGUGACGAAGGCAAUUAUCUCCCCAAUUCCUCCAAUCAGGAAACUCUAACAUCUCCCUCUGGGGGUUCUGUAUCUCUCCCUGAGAGCCCCAGUCAGAGAGCUGUGUCGAAGAAACCAAUCCUCAGGUCCGUUUCCUUGGUUGAAACCAGGCGAUCUCCAGGAUCUGGUUUCCGGCUGGGAGACUUGUUCCAGAGAAGCAUGUCUCAAAGGUCAUCAUACUCCUUUGGAUCAACGACAGAAAACACGAGAGAAGAAGGAGCAGGAGUCAGGAGUUCGAAGGCAGGGAACCAUGUAGAGGGUCAAGGAAGCACCUCUGGGUUCAUAUCCUUCUUCAGACACAUUGGAAGCAGAAGUAAGCCUGGUGAUGUGGAAGAGCAACGCAUCAAAGGAUCUAAUACUUGAUUAACAUUUCAUUUGGAGACAAAGGCCAAGCUUGGCCUUUUUUGUGUGUUUUAGAUAGUUAAAAUGUGUUUGUCCUUUUUUAUUGUCCCUUCAUUGGACAAAAGGUAAAUGGGGACUUGCUUUGAACUGUGAAGGUUUUGAUUUUGUGUGU